AUGUCUGAAUCACUGCGCCUACCACCAUCCGACGCUAUCGAAGCCUCUGGAGAUCCCUCCCAACCUCUACAAGUUGACGAGAACGUCGCCGCUGACGAGGUCGAUGCUGAGGCGGAUGCCGACUCUACGUAUGGCAGUGUUUCCGGGAGUGCGCGGACCGGGUCGAUAGCAUCAUCGAUCUACAACUACCGAUACGAAAAUGGUCGCCGUUACCAUGCCUAUCGCGAAGGCGAGUAUGUUCUGCCCAAUGAUGAUACCGAGCAAGAGCGCCUCGACCUGCAACACCAUAUCUGGCGACUCCUACUUCAUGGCCGCCUUUACACGGCGCCCCUCUCUAACCCUCGACGUAUACUUGAUUUGGGAACCGGAACCGGCAUCUGGGCGAUUGAUAUGGCGGACGAAUUUCCCUCCGCUACCGUCAUUGGUGUAGAUUUGUCGCCGAUCCAGCCCCAAUGGGUCCCUCCCAACUGCACAUUCUACGUCGAUGACUACGAAAGUGACUGGACAUACCGCCCCCACGAGGCCUUCGAUUACAUCCACGGCCGGGCUCUGUGCGGCACAGCGUCCGACUGGUCAAAGUUCUAUCGCCGAGUCUACAACAAUCUCAACCCCGGUGGAUACGUCGAAAUGCAAGAGUAUGAUGCCGAAUUCUUCGCCGACGACGACUCGUGUGACAGGGCGCGCUGGUCGGUAACCUGGACCACCCAGCUCGACGAAGCGAGCAAGGGUUUCAACAAACGCAUCAACGUCGCACAGUUUCAAAAACAGUGGAUCAUUGAUGCGGGCUUCGUCGACGUAAAGGAGGAGGUGCACCGGAUUCCAGUUGGGCCGUGGGCCAAGGGUCCGCAUCUGAAGGAGCUCGGGAAGUGGGAGAGGAUACACAUGCAAAUGAGCGUGGACAGCCAUACACCCGCGCUCUUCUCGAGGAUCUUGGGAUAUACCCCGGAUCAGGUUCGUGUCAUGAUGGAGCAGGUCAAGGCCGAGAUCAGAGAUAAGAGUUUGCAUCUCAUCACUAGCUAUCGCUUCGUCACGGGUCGGCGGCCUACGGAAGGUGCUGUGGCGCACACAAGCUAG